AAUCACAGAUCACGUUUUCCAUCUCUAACCAGUCACUUGCACUUAAAAUUUAAGUCAUUCAAGUCUUAAAUAAACGAGCACGUUUACGCUCCCGCGCAGGCAUGUCCCGGAACGUUUGCUCCGGCUACUUGUUUCAGCCGGUGCUAGACCAGUCCCGGACCGUACCGGAAGUGGUGCGUAAUGUUUGGCUGUUCUCCGCUCUGCAGGCGGGCAUCCUAAUCAUUCUGAUUCCUCUGCUCACUCGUGCUCAGGUGUGUGUUUUUAGUGCAUGCUGGAAGCGGAGCCGCGAUGUUUGCGGGCCUGCCGGAGCUCGGAAUCUCCAACGGAGAAGAUCUGAAAGAAACUCUGACAAACUGCACGGAGCCGCUCAAAGCUAUCGACCAGUUUCAGAUGGAAAAUGGCAUCCUGCUGCCGACCCUGCAGUCCGCUCUGCCCUUCCUCGACCUCCACGGGACGCCACGGCUGGAGUUCCACCAGUCGGUGUUCGACGAGCUGCGGGACAAGCUGAUGGAGCGCGUGGCCACCAUCGCAGAGGGGAAGGACGACGACAGAUACAAGAAGCUGGAGGAGCUGCUGGAGAAAAGCUUUCCGCUGGUUAAAAUGCCUUCAAUUCAACCCGUGGUCAUGCAGGUGCUCAAGCAUCUACCCAAGGUUCCAGAGAAGAAGCUGAAGAUGGUGAUGGCCGACAAGGAGCUGUACAAGGUGUGCGCCGUGGAGGUGAAGCGGCAGAUCUGGCAGGACAACCAGGCGCUGUUCGGGGACGAGGUGUCCCCGCUGCUCAAGCAGUACAUCGUGGAGAAGGAGGCGGCGCUCUUCAGCAGCGACCUCUCCAUUUUGCACAACUUCUUCAGCCCCUCUCCCAAAACACGGCGGCAGGGCGAGGUGGUCCUGAAGCUGACCCAGAUGAUCGGGAAGAACGUGAAGCUGUACGACAUGGUGCUGCAGUUCCUGCGCACGCUCUUCCUGCGGACGCGGAACGUCCACUACUGCACGCUGCGAGCCGAGCUGCUCAUGUCGCUGCACGACCUGGACAUCAGCGAGAUCUGCUCCGUCGACCCCUGCCACAAGUUCACCUGGUGCCUGGACGCCUGCAUCCGCGAGAAGUUCGUGGACGGGAAGCGAGCCCGAGAGCUGCAGGGCUUCCUGGACGGCGUGAAGAAGGGGCAGGAGCAAGUGCUGGGGGACCUCUCCAUGAUCCUGUGCGACCCGUUCGCCUGCAACACGCUGGUGCUGAGCAUCAUGAGGAACCUGCAGGAGCUGCUGAGUCAGGACGCUCUGCCGCGGGACAGUCCGGACCUGAUGCUGCUGCUGAGGAUGCUGUCUCUGGGCCAGGGCGCCUGGGACAUGAUCGACAGCCAGGUCUUCAAAGAGCCUCGUCUGGAUCUGGAGGUGGUGACGCGCUUCCUGCCCGCCAUGAUGUCCGUGGUGGUGGACGACCACACCUUCACCGUGGAGCUGAAGCUCCCCAAUGAGGAGAAGGUGCCGCUGGCCUACCCCACCACGCUGCCGGAGGCCUUCAACAGGUACCUGCAGGAGAACCGGGUGGCCUGUGAGAUGGGGCUGUACUACGUUCUCCACAUUGCCAAACUGAGGAACAAGAACGCCCUGCAGAGGUUACUGCCGGCGCUCGUUGAAACCUACAACGACAUGGCGUUCGGGGACAUCUUCCUGCACCUGCUGACGGGUCACCUCACGCUGCUCUCAGACGAGUUCGGCUCCGAAGAGUUCUGCUCCGUGGUCUUCGACGGCUUCCUCCUCACGUCGUUCUCCAGUAAAGAGAACGUCCACAGACACGCCCUCCGGAUGCUGGUGCACCUCCACCACAAAGUGCUGCCGUCCUACAUGGAAACCUUGAUGAAGACCCUCGAACCCCCCAAACAGUGCAGCGAGCCGCUGAAGGAGCUCUACACCCAGCUGAGCGAGAAGCUGGAGGCCCUGAAGAAGAGCCCCCCACCUCCAGACGAAGCCCCCUCCCUGGACCUGGGGCUGCACCCGGUCACCGUGCCCACCACCGCCUCCACCCCCACCACGCCCCUCUGAGGAGCCCCACCCCCCCCCUCCCCAGAACAUCUCCGUUGUUUCCAGACGAUGUUGUAGCUGAUAGCCGAGUUUGUUGUCGUCCAGAGAGUAUUUUCUUAUGUAACUGUGUGUCAGAACUGCCAGGACCUUGUAAAUAAAUGACUAU